AUGGAGAUUUUUCAAAGUGGAGGAGUAUCCAAGAUAUGGAGGAUUAUCCAAGUGGAGGAUUAUCCAAAAUAUGGGGUUCUUACCCAUCUUGACAAGGUCGGCCUAGAUAAGGUAUCAAAAGUUAAAAAUCGUCUCGAGGAUCAUUUCUGUACUGAAAUAUGUGGAGCAGCAAGAUUUUCCUCCUUGUCCGGUCUCGAAGAAGAUGGCUUGUAUAAUAUGCUUGAAAUUAAUCAUCUGGGAGAAAUGCUGUCGGAUUCUCAGUUCCUUCCUUUGUCAUGGCGGGCCGAACAUCCUUACGUGCUGGUAGACCGUUUUGAAGUGCAUGGGGAUAAACAAUGCAAUAGGAACUUAAGUCUGUACGGUUAUCUCAGAGGUUGUGAUAUCAAGAAAGGAACUAAGGUCCAUAUUGCUGGUGCUGGUGAUUUCUCUUUAGCUGGCAUUACAAGGUCAUUUGAUCCUUGCCCUUUAAAGGUUGACGAUUCUUUUCGUUUUUGCAGAACAGGGAAUUAUUUAAGGUUGGAUGUUCUUGACGUUCCUUAUGAGAUAGUUGAAAAUUUUGAAUCCCAUCAUUAUCCUAUUCUUGUGGGAGAUAUCCUUCCGGAAGAGGAACCAUCUGGAUUUAUGAUGGUGAAGCUUAGGCGACAUAGUUGGCAUGAGAAUUUGUUGAUGUCAGGAGUUCCAAACACUGUUUCGGCUGGUUCGAGACGAUAUCAGACAAAUGCUAUUUAUGCCAUGGAAAACCAGAAUGGACAUCAUCGGCUUCUCAAAUACACUCCAGAACAUAAGAACUGUGUUUCGUUUUUUUGGGGGCCUCCGGUGCCUCCUAAGACCACAAUUGCUGUUGUAAUGAAUAAAUUUUAUUCUUUAAAAGAUGAGAAUUUGUUUCGGAUUAUGGCCAAGGGUGUCGUUCUUGAUUUUAACAAUGACACAGAGAUAUUGCUGAAAGGAAAAAAGAUGGCAACUGUUCAAACUGACGGGAAGACUGCUUGUAUCAAGCUUGCAUCUGGACUUGAACCUGACAGGUUUAUAGGUGCACCAAUUCAGACUAGUAGCGGUGUUCGGGGAAGGAUUGACAAGUCUUCAGGAGGUGCGAUCCUUGAAUGCACAUUUAAGGACAUUAUUCGUAUGGGCGACAUUUUCCUGUUUCCUGUUUUGGCCACACUCGUGCUUCCUUCACUCUUCAAACAGUUAAAUUUUCUCUUCAAACACUUAGAGAUCCCCACCAUCGCCACCGACGACGCCUAUGCCGCCAUCACCGAUGCUGCCGCCGCUACCAUCAACUUUGUCGCCACCGACACGGUCCAUUUUGGCGCCACCAUCACUGUCAAUGCCGAGGACGAGCUUGCAUUUUUAUACAAAGAGGAUGCUCCGAGGCGGAAGAUGCCUUAUCUUCGACGUGGUGUGCUUAUCCAUGAGGGGAGAUGUUGUUUUCUUUCAUUUCCAGACCCGCUAGAGAUUGAGCAGAGGUUAAUUAAGAGGAGAAAACGUUGUGCGGCCCAGGAGAUAUCAGGAGAGGUCAAGAAAGAACACAGUUUUGAUCGAUCAGGAGAGGAAGCUAAGGAGGAACAGAUAUCAGGAGAGGUCAAGGGAAAAGACAGUUUAAAUCGAUCAGGUUGGGAAGCAAUGGUGAUCGCGGAUGAUGAAUCUGUGUCGGCACUAGAGUUGUUUCAGCAAAGGUGCCCGCCCCCGGGCAUGUAA